AUGGAGCAGGGUCCUGCCGGAGACCUGUGGCCCGUAGAGAGGGAAGCUCACGCUGGAGCAGGCUUUUCCCGGGUCAAAGCAACAGAUGCAGAUGCUGACCAGUUUGGUGAAAUUGAGUAUUCUCUUUAUGAUGGAUUUCAUUUUUAUGAAAAAUCCAAAGCCUUCCAGAUUGACCCACGAACUGGUCAGAUCUGUGUCUCUCAAGACAUUGACAGAGAAGAAGAUCCAACCACUUAUGACCUCUUAGUAAAAGCUACGGAUGGGGGUGGACUGAGUGCCCAAGCUUUUGUUCGCAUCGAGAUAGAAGAUAUUAAUGAUAAUCAACCUAUAUUUGAACAAGACAUCUAUGUGACAAGUAUCAGCAGUCACACACAACCAGGAACAGAAGUCAUCAAUGUUGUUGCCACAGACAGAGAUUCAGGAAUAUAUGGCCUUGUCACAUACGAACUGGUCCCAGGAGAAUUUUCUUCUUUUUUCACAGUGGAUACAUCCACAGGAACUAUUUACCUUGUCUCAGUUCUUGGCCACCUGGCACAUUCUGCACUCUUCCUGACUGUUUCUGCACGGGAUGGGGGUGGCCUUCCCUCUGCCACCAAUGCAGCUGUCACAGUAAACAUCCUUCAGACUGUUUUGGUUCCUGCCAUAUUUGAGAGAUCGCGGUAUACCUUUUCUGUUCCAGAAGGUGCACCUGAAGACAGCCUGAUAGGCACUGUAAAGGCCAGAGAGCCUCCAAAUUCUUUAGAAGUGGUUUCUUACCGAAUUUCCUCUGGUGAUCCACAUGGAAAGUUCUCUAUUGAUCCCCAGUUUGGCAUUAUACGCACCAAAAAACAGCUUGAUCAUGAAACUCAGUCUGCUGUGGUGCUCACCAUUCAGUCCCAGCUGGGUAACUCCCCAGUCUACAGUAGCACUCAAGUCAACAUAUCUGUGAUAGAUAUUAAUGACAACCCUCCAGUAUUUCUGACCAAAUCUGAUAAGGUAACUAUUUCACAUACCCAGCCUCCUGGCACUGCUGUCUAUAUUGCUCAUGCAGAAGACAAAGACAGUGGCCUAAAUGGGGCAAUCAAAUACAGUAUUGCAAGUAAGCAGUCAAAUGCAUUUAGCAUUGAUCCAAGUCUUGGAGUGGUAAACCUUACUAGGACAGUGUUUGCAGAUAAGCAGCAGGAAUAUACUCUCCACAUAGCAGCUGAAGACUGUGGAAGUCCUCCUCUAACUUCUUUGCUGAUGUUGACGGUGGUUAUUGAAGAGCAGAAGAUGGGCCCUACUUUGGUCUUUCAGAACUUGGUGUAUCAAGUAGAAGUCAGUGAAGCUACCUCUCCAGGUGCCCGAAUCCUUCAGGUUCAAGCCCACUUGCUUGAUCCACACAGCGUUACCUCCAAUCUGACGUAUUUCUUAGAGCCUAGCACUGAUUCUGUUGCAUUUGGAAUCAGCUCUGAUACUGGCUGGAUUUAUCUUCGGAAACAUUUGAACUAUGAAUGUGCACAGAUACUAAGUUUUAGAGCCUUGGUCAGCACCUCCGAGGAUGAAAACCUCAGGCAAAAUGCAAGUACAUCUGUAAUAGUUAAUGUCCUGGAUGAAAAUGAUAAUUCUCCCAUGUUUAUGCAUGAGAGCUACUUCUUUGAAAUUGAGGAAAAUCCAAUUCCCAGGGGCGUGGUUGGCACCAUUACAGCUGUUGACAGAGACUCAGGAAGAAAUGGACAGCUUUCCUAUUUCCUCUUGUCUGAUGGAAAGUAUUUCAAGAUGAAUUCUAACACAGGUGAAAUCAUAAACUGGGUUGCGCUGGACCGCGAAAAGCAGGCUCACCACCAGCUGUCCGUGCUGGUGACCGACCAGGGGUCCCCUCGGCGGAGCGCCACGGCCGCCGUGUACAUCGCGGUGCGGGACCGCAACGACCACGCGCCGCGCUUCCCGCGGCCGGCGCUGCGCAUCCAGGUUUUGGAAGGGCAGCCAUCAGGGACACUUGUUACAACCAUCUUUGCAAAAGACUUCGAUUCUGGAAACAACGGUGUUGUAUUAUAUUCAGUAGAAUCAGAAGAGGACAUAGGAUACUUCCAGAUUGAUGCUGUCAGUGGAGAGUUAAGAACAACCCAGUCUCUAUCACAUGCUGAGAGAUCAGACUAUAGAAUGAUGAUCACAGCCAGGGACCAGGGGAUGCCUUCGCUUCAAGGACAUGCUACUGUUUACAUCCAGGUAAUCCCACUGCCCAAUGGGAGAUCUGGCUUCUCUCAAGAUUUCAAGCACUUUGUCGUACCUGAAAAUUUUAAACCGGCACAAGUGUUGGAUUCUCUGAAGUGGCCUGAUAAUCAUCUAGCAAUUAACAGGAAACUGCAUUUCAGUAUUGCUAAAGAUGAUGAUAGUGUUCAUUUUGAAAUAGACAGCUUGACAGGAGACCUUUUUCUUUCCAAGGAACUUGACUAUGAAACAGCUUCACACUUUCUUUUGCAAGUUAUUGUAAAGGAUUAUAAUAAUAAUCCCCCACAAAAUAACACUGUCUUCAUAAGUGUUGACAUAGAAGAUAAGAAUGAUCAUUCUCCAUCUUUUCAAGAUGACUUUGUUGUGAUUGGCAUAGAGGAAAAUGUACCUGUUGGCACUCUGGUUUACACAUUCAAUGCAAAAGAUGGAGAUGGCAGUUUUCUGAACAGCAAAAUACAGUAUUCCCUAGAAAUGAGUAACAUGGGUGAAAAUCUAUUUCUUAUUCACCCUUUGUAUGGCACUUUGACCACGGCUUCUCCACUAGACAGGGAGAUUACUGAUUCUGUGAUUUUUACAGUGUCUGCGUCAGACCAGGCAAUAAAUCUGACUGAUCGGAGACUGGAUUCCUUGGCUGUGAAAAUUAUUAUUUUAGAUGUCAAUGACAACAGUCCCAAUUUUACAUCUUCGUCUCUUUCCUAUGUCAUGGAGGAUGCGGAGGUGGGCUUCCUUGUACACCACAUAAUUGCAAAAGAUCCUGAUGAGGGAAGAAAUGGACAAGUUACAUAUUACAUUCUUUCAGGCAAUGAAAACAAAGCAUUUGUAUUGGAUAAAAUCACAGGACUCUUAACUACAGCCCAGCUUCUAGACCGUGAGAUUCAGGAGCGCUACAGUUUGACAGUCAUGGCUCUUGAUGAUGGAAGCCCAGCUCUCUCGGCCACGCAGGUUCUGACCAUCGUUGUUCUUGAUGUGAAUGAUGAGAUCCCAAUAUUUACAAAGCAACUUUAUGAGACUGCAGUUCCUGAAAACCAGGAUCCAGGAGAGUUUGUCAUAAAAGUGGAAGCUGUGGACCGAGAUGCAGGAUUGAAUUCCUUGCUUUGGUAUAAAAUCUUACCAGGAAUUGGUUAUGAGAAAUUCAAGAUGAACUUAAGCAGUGGAGAGCUCGUCACAACUGCAUCACUGGACAGAGAAACCCAGGAGGUUUUCAGCAUUAAAGUUUUGGUUCAAGACAGUGGAACCCCGUCACUAUCAAGUACAGUGACAGUUAUCUGCACAGUGCUGGAUGAAAAUGAUCACUCUCCCAUGUUUCUUUUUCCUGCCUCUGAAAUCUGGAUCCCAGAGAACCAACAGCCUUCUGUUGUUUACAUUAGCCAGGCUGUAGAUAUGGAUGCUGGCAAUAAUGGAGCUCUAAGAUACAAAAUAAUUGGUGGAAAUGUUGGAGGAUACUUCACACUAAAUCACACUUCAGGCAAACUGCUGGUCACUCGUGGCUUAGACAGAGAAGACAUCAGCAAUUUCACUCUUGUGAUUGAGUGCCAUGACCUAGGCAGUCCCUCGAGGAGCUCCACUGCACAGCUCUAUCUAACAGUCUUGGAUGAAAAUGACCACAGCCCGUUGUUUGCAAAGCCCCAGUAUCAAAUCUCUGUGAGAGAAGACCUAGAGGAAGGCUCAGCCAUCCUGGACCUCUAUGCUUCUGACGAAGAUGAUGGUCUAAAUGGUGAAGUUCUGUACUCCCUCAUUGACAACACCUUUGGAGCAUUUGCCAUCGACAGUGUAACAGGAUCUAUAGUUACUACAAAAGCACUGGACCGGGAGACCAAGUCCCACUAUACAUUUAGGGUUGUAGCAAGUGACUGUAGCACCCAUUUGCCAAGGAGCACCACUGUCAGUGUUGUGGUGCACAUUGAGGAUGUCAAUGACAAUGAUCCCAUCUUUUUGCAGAAUCCUAUCAGGGCAUUUGUGCCUGCUGAAACCCCUGUGAAUGAGAUAGUAGCCACUGUGAGAGCAGAGGAUGUGGAUCUGGGAUCAAAUGGAGCUAUUGUUUUUAAUUUGAUGAUAGCAGAAACUGUAUUUCAGAUUGAUGUGAAGACAGGUGACAUCAUUCUUCAAGAGCCCUUGGCUUCCAAGGACUUCAGUACCCAGCUGCUAGUGACAGCUUCAGAUCAAGGUAUCUCACCUCGAACAACCACAGCUAUGAUCAUUAUCUUUACAGAAGAACAAGAGGAGGAGAUUUCAUUCAGCCAUAGCCUGUAUGAAGCAAGUGUGCCUGAGAACAGUGCAGCAGGUACAUCACUUCUAACAGUAGAAGCUUAUGAACACAAAUUUACGGGAGAAGACAUAAAAUAUAGCAUCUUCAGUGACAAGGAGAGCAUAUUCUCCAUACAUCCCACUACAGGUACAAUCACAGUGAAAGAGCCAAAGUUUCUUGAUUAUGAAGUUAAGUGUAAAAUACAUCUUACAGUUCUGGCUGAAAAUAGCUUGAAUUCAGCGCUCUGUGGAGUGACAGUUUUGAUUCAAGAUGUCAAUGACAACGUACCUAAAUUUGAACAAAGCUAUUACAAAGCAUCAGUAUGGGAAGGCCAGAGUCCCAAAAUGGACAUUGUACAGGUAUUUGCAACUGACCUUGACAGUGGGCUGAAUGGAGAAAUGGAAUACUCAAUUUUAUCUGGUAAUGAAAAUGCAACAUUUCUAAUUGAUUCAGCACGAGGAAUUCUAGCAACAAAUACAGGCCUAGAUCACGAAAACACUUCAUCUUACAGGUUGGUUGUACAAGCUGCUGAUAAAGGAAACCCCAGACUCUCUGCUACAAGUAUUGUGAGGAUAGAGGUGUUAGAUGUUAAUGACAACGCUCCAGUUUUCCAACUGCUAGGUGAAGUGGAGGUCCCAGAAAAUGCCCAGCCUGGUUUUAUAGUGACUCAGGUGUCAGCAAGUGAUGCAGACUCCAGGCCAGCACUUCAGUUUGGUUUUAUUUAUGAUAAUGGUCCUGGAAUGAAAUUUACCAUCGAUCAACACACUGGUGUAGUCACAGUAGUGGAACCAUUAGAUUUUGAAGAAACUGCUGUUUAUAAGCUGAAAAUCAUAGUUUCAGAUUCUGUGCAUCAAACAGAAGCAGAACUCACUAUCCUUGUUUUGGACAUCAAUGAUAACCCACCAGUCUUUACUCAGGAUUCAUAUCAGGUGAACUUGCCAGAGCUUAUUUCUAUGGAUGCCACUGUUCUGACAGUCUCUGCAACAGAUAGAGAUUCUGGGCAUAACGGAAUGAUUUCCUACAAAAUCCUCUCUUCUUCUGAGGGAUUUUCCAUUGAUCACAAGAAUGGUUCAGUGUUUGCUACAGGACCAGUGACAGAGCUGAAAAAUAUUUCCACUAUUCAUCUUCUGAUAGAAGCCAUGGAUGGUGGCAGUCCCGCUCUCACUGCAGUUACUUCCAUAGCGGUGCACAUAGAAGAUGUAAAUAACUAUGCCCCUCAGUUCACAAAGGUUCUGUACAAUCUCAGCGUGAGUGAGGAUGCCUCAGUCGGAGAAAGCGUCCUCAUGUUUUCAGCCAUCGACUAUGAUUGGACCCAUGAAAACACAUAUGUUGAAUACUCUAUUAUUGAAGGCAAUGCUGAGAAUUUAUUCUCCAUAGAAACAAGCGUCAUGGGGUCAGAAACAUCCUACAAACUUGUUGGCAGUCUGGUUUUGAGCGAUGUUCUUGACAGGGAAACAGCUUCUUCUCACCAUUUGGUCCUCCUUGCCUCUGACUGUGGAACACCCUCCUUGAAUUCAACUGCUACUGUGCUAAUAACUGUGCUGGAUGUUAAUGAUAAUGCUCCAGUAUUUAGCAGCCCGGAAUACCAUGUUCAUGUCAAAGAAAGCAUCCCUAUAGGUAGUCAUGUCACCGAAGUUUCAGCAAAUGACUGUGAUGCAGGCACUAAUGCAGAGAUCACUUAUGCUAUCAUCUCUGGAGACGACAGGGGACAUUUUCGCUUGGAUGAGAAAACAGGAUCAAUGGAUUUGAUGAAAAUGCUGGAUUAUGAGGAUACCAUGAAAUUCACUUUGAUCAUCCAAGCCACAGAUGGAGGAGCUGAUAUAAAAAAUAUGGCUUUUGCUGUUGUUUUUGUAAAUGUCCUAGAUGACAAUGAUUAUGCCCCGCUUUUUUUGUUUCCCAGUCUGAGCUGCAUUGUCAGUGAAAAUAUGCCUACAUUUUCUUUUGUGUGCGCUGUUUGUGCACUGGAUUUUGAUAAAGGCUCCUAUGGGCACAUUACCUACUCCAUUCAGUCUUCAUGUUUGGCUCAUCGUGAAGCUCCUAGAGACCAUGACAUGUUCUUUAUUGAUCCUUUGACAGGAGAUAUUCAUACAAAGCAAAUGUUUGACUAUGAAAGUCAGAAUAGGUACUGCCUCAUAAUCCAAGCAAAAGACAAAGGUGACUCAUUGGCUACCAUUACAGUUCAGGUAGAUAUUGAGGGGAGAGAUGAAUUUGACCCAGUAUUUACACAAGAACAUUAUUUUUUUAAUCUCCCCGAGAAGAAUGAAGCAGGCCAGUUACUUGGCAGAGUGACAGCAUCAGACAGUGAUGGUGGACUGGACGGAGUUGUUCAUUACUCUCUUCUAAAACCUUCUCCAUUCUUUUCUGUGAAUGAAACCAGUGGUAAUAUUUAUUUGACUCACACUGUUCACAGAAAGAAAAAUGGCAUCAAAAAGAAUGAUGAUAGUCUGGAAGUGUUGGUAAGAGCUCAUAGCCCAAAAAUGGAGUCAAAGUUCACAAUAUGCACUGUUUUUGUAAAUGUUUCCAGUUCUCCUGAUAUUGAUCUCACAGCAUCAGCACACAGCCUGACCAUUAGUGUUUCCAUUUCAUCGAUAGUGUUCUUGCUGCUUGUGGUCGGUCUGAUCGCACUUACUCUGAGACAUAAGCGAAAAGAUCCGAUGAAUGCUUGUGUGAAAAAAGAAGCAGUUUCCUCCUCAGCUACUGAUGUGAAUUCAGCAAGAGAAGAUAAGGACUGCCAGAAAAUCCAAAGUACUGAGAGCAGUAUGCUUCCCAUGGGUGCUAUAGCAAAAUGGCUGAGCCUAGCAAGAAUUGGAGAGGGGAAGGAUGAUGAUGUCCCCUGCAGGCAUUCAGACUCCAGUGGCCAUGGUUCUGCUGAAGGAGAAACUGCAGAGGAUGAAGAAAUAAAAAGGAUCAACGAGUAUCCUUGCAGAAAAAACACCAGCUCAGCACUGAGCGAAUACGGCUCGCGAAUGCCAGAUUCAGGGAUCCCAAGAGAGUCUGAUCAGUUCUCCUAUCAGUCUGGAGAAAUGGAUGGCAUGGCUACCAUGCAAAGCACGGAGAACAUGCAGACCAUUAAAGGAGAAGGCAGAGAAGAAGCCUGUGACACAGCCUAUGCACAUGAAAUUUUGUCUCAAACACUUAAGAAAAUUGGAAUAAAAGAGAAAGGUAUAAUGACAGACCUCACAAGAGAAUGUGUCCCGAUGUCAGAUAGGCAAGACUCUGGGUGUGAUUCACUUGCAGCUGUUGGCACCUCUGAUGAGGAUCUUGCAGGUAGUUAUAACCGAGAUUAUGUACUCAGCUGGGAACCCAGAUUUCAAUCUCUUGCCUCAGUGUUUAAUGAUAUUGCAGAACUGAAAGAUGAAAACGUACACAUUCACAGCUUGCCCAAGGAGAAGAAAUCUCUUGUUUUCCCUCCUCCCUUGAUAACAUCAGUAGCACAGCCUGGCAUACGGACAGUGCCACCAAGAAUGCCAAAUAUAACAUCAAGGCAAGCAUUUAAUAAAUAUGCUCAUUCUCCCAUUAUCCAUAAUCUUGGAUACCCUCCACCAACCAUGACCCCAAGUUUUUCUCCUUCUCUCUCUUUACUUACUAUGCAGACACCUACUGCUUCUCCAGUAGUAUCUGAUGGGAAAAUGAUAGGAACAUGUCUUAUUGAUCCAAGCUAUGAACUUGCAAUGGAGGAAGAAAUUCAGGUCUAGGUUAUUAACUGACAUAUCUUACAGUAAAAAAUAUGGCUUAAAAUAUAUUUUGUUAUUUUUUAACAGCAAAAUAUGCCUGUCAGAGCUAUAUCACCAGUAUUCUUUGUUUCCGUGAGCUGAAACAGUUAAAAUAUAAAAUAACCACAAACUUUGUAACUGUACAUCUUAUUCUUCCUAGAAUACACUGUGAGACCAUGAGGCUUCUCCUCUUUCAACUCUCACCUGUGGUUUCCUAUGUAAAACCCACAGCCAGGUGCCUGAUAACCAACUUGACUAAUUUUACUGUUCUUCUCAUAAAAUACAUCAAUAACAAAUAAAGGGAAGUAAUUAUUUAUUUUGGCAAAGAUUCAUUAGCAUGCUGGUGGGUUCUGACUGCUUCUAUGGUGGUAUUAGAAGAGGAUACCAGAGGGAUGUGUAAGUACAGCAGGUCUGGAGGUGGGCAAAGAAUAGAGCAAGGAUUCCUACAGAGCUCUUUCUCUAGUGUGUAUCCAGACUUCCCAAAUCUCAGCCCCUGAGUCCCAACAACCUGCUGUGCCUGGGUGGUUUCAUCAUCUGCUAUGCCUUAUACUUGGGCUUUAUUAGCUAUCUUUGUGCUGUGGAAACCCAUUAGCACUUUCUGUGCACCUCUUCUUUAUCUCCUGGUUCAAAGCCAGCAAGUCACAAUCAUCUGAAUAAUGGUUCACCCUUGGAAAACAGAAUAACCAUAAGAGAAAAGCAACCAUCUUCUCUAUUAUUACAUCACAAAUAGAUACCUGCUGUCUUUCUGUCCUGUUACAGAAGCUGUCCUGGUCCUCAGGCAACUGUAAGCACAGACAGUGUUACAGUUCUGAAGGUCUUGUAUGUGUCCACCCUGGUCUUUGGUCCUGUGUUGGACCAAAGAUCUCUACAAGACCAGAUAAUCUGGCCUUGUUUGUUGUAUGUAUCAUACAUUUGGCAUUUUGUGUAUGUAUGUAUAUCCAGACACACACAUGCUGCGUAUGCUUGUGUAUUGUAUCAGAUCAA